AUGGUCAUAUACAUCAAGACGGCAAUCGACUGCCCCCUGGGGUAUCUGCAAUGCAAAGACGGGGAUGCCUGCCUCCUGGCGUGGAAGUGGUGUGACGGCAGGGUAGACUGUACAGACGGGAGUGAUGAGGAAAGAUGUGAAUGCCUGACAAUUCCCGGAAACUCCAACAAUAGCAGACUUGCGAUGUUACCGAACCAGCUGGGGCAGACGACAUUCGAGGAGAUACAAAAUUCCUCGGUGGCCGAGCUGCUCAACAUUAACAGUUCGUACGGCAACCCAGAGGGAGUCCACCCCGAGUUCGGACAGUUUGUAUCAACGAUCCUCUACCCGAGAUGCAAUGUCUCCGAUCAAAAUAUGUGCCCAUUGCCUGGAAAUGGCAUUUGCACGGGUACACAGCUGCUACCGUGUCGCUCGUGGUGUAAGGAGGUCCUCAACACGGCUGAUGACAGGAUCAGGAACCUGCUGCCACAAUGUGACGUAUUCCCUCCUCCACAACAUGGAUGCUGGAACCCUGAGCCAGAAAUAAAGAACAAUGAAGUUUGCUACUAUGGUAGUGGCAUGAACUACCGUGGUACAGGAAGUACCACUUUAUCCGGGGCUGCCUGCGUAGAGUGGACCGCUGCGCAAGGCGGUUUCUACACAACCGAGUACCCCUGGGCUAACCUCGUCCACAACUACUGCCGUAACCCUACUGGACUCGAGCGGCCAUUUUGCAUAACGGAAGAAGGUAGCCAGGAGGAAUGUGACCUCAUUCCGUGCAACGCAGACGGCUGCCUGGACCUGGGUCCUCCAAACUACGGCAGGAGAAGCCCUGGCAAGAGGUUCUACUUUGUGGGAGAAAGGGUCGCCUUCACCUGUAACGAAGGGUACUCCAUUAAGUCUGGGUAUACCAACGAAGUCAGGUGCAUCGGAAAUGGCAGAUGGGAAUAUGUCAAACCCAUUUGUUCAGUGAAUAUGAGGGGUAGACUGGAGAAAGAGCUGCUGGAUGUGUACAGUCCGAACCUGACGCCUGAAGGAAACGUCCUCAUCGGUUUCACUGGCUCUGUGGAACAGAUCGUAGACUUGGAUGAAAAGAAAGAACAGCUGAUUGCGUCUCUGAUCUUCCAGUUUACGUGGCAGGACAGUCGUCUGGAAUGGGAUCCAAAGUACUACGAUGGUAUCGACGUAUUCAGUGUUCCAGGUAGCAGUGUCUGGACCCCAGCACUUAGCCUCAAGAGAAACGCCGAUCCUUCGUACACCGGCCUGGAAAAAGGCAUACCAGUCCAGGUCAGCAACAAUGGCGUGAUAACCUGGAGGGUAGAAACCCUGACCACCACCAUGUGUGAUGCGGACCCCUUCUACUUCCCUGUUGACACCAUGGAAUGUCACAUCUGUUUCUCCGCUACCGCAGCAAUCGGCCAGUCCAUCCAAUGUGGACACGGGAACUCUACAGAAGACUAUUCCAGCAGCCUUACCUGCGAUGCCUCCCCUCCCGCUAUUCAGGAGGGUGAAUGGUAUCGGAAGGACAGGCUGUUCGCGAACGGCAACAGGGAAGCGUGCUUCGCAGUUCAGCUGGAGAGGAUUCCCUCGUUCCACAUCGCCACCACUAUCGGGCCCUGCGUCAUCCUGGUAGUACUGAUGGUCAUCACCUUCGUCAUGCCACUGGACAGGGGAGACCGGAUCUCGUUCGGAGUGACCAUUCAACUCUCCAUGGUCGUGUCUCUCGUGUUCGUCACGGACGUUCUUCCUGUCAAGGGAGCGCUGCCGUUUUUCGCCACGCUGAUCGUCGUGUACAUGGCCCUGAUGGGAGUUUUCCUCUUCUUCACGAUGGGCAUCAUCACCAUCCACGACAUGGAGGAAAGUCUGUCUCCGUCCGCGAAGACUUUCUUUCUCCGCUACAUGGCAAGGAUGCUGCUGUUGGGAGACCUCACGAAGAGGAAGGGUCCAAGCGACGACGAAGAGACUGACGUGACCAGCCACACCGUUAUAGAGAUGGCCAUCGAAGACACGAAGGCGGUCUCCGGAGAAGACUCGACCGACAUCUGCGGAACAAAGAACCACCCAUUCGCACCGGACAUGACCGAGACCCUGUGUGAGAGUCCCUCAAGUGUGAAGAAGCGCACCAUGGCAGGCACCAACCAGGCACAGGGGCUUGACGAGCUCUUUAAAGCAAAGGAUAACGAGGAGGAGAAGGAUGUGUCCGACUACACCCUGCUGGCCAAAGUCCUGGACAGGCUGUGUCUUGUCCUGUAUGUCAUCUGCAUCUCAGCGGCAGUGCCCGCGACCAUGUAUCUGGGGAAGUAA